UUAAUAUAAUUUCAAGUUUUCUUCAAAAUGUAUAAUAAAAGAUUAUGCUUUAUUGAACUUAGCAUAGUUUUGCAGAUUAUAAAUUGAAGUAAUACGAAUUCAAUUUUAAUUGAAAGUAAUAUUUCAGCGCGGUUAUUCAUUACAAAUAUGUAUUCACAAUGGAACACUCUCGCCUAUCAAUAUUCUUAAAAUAUUUUGACCUUUUUCAUACACACAGAACUGAACGUGCCUCAUACAUACUUUAUACACGUUUAUAUGAAAAUAAAUUUGCUUAACUUUUAAAUUCAUGCAUACAUAAUCGAGUAACAUUCGUAAUAAUCGUAGUGAGUGUUCGAUUUUCAAACAGUUCAAACAUACAAUAGGAAACUCGUACAAAUAAAGAUAAAUAUUUUUAAUACAAUUUAAUAAAAAUAGAAAUUAAAUUAUAUUGCUAAUUCCCUCCAAAAGUAUAAAAUAGAAUUCAUACUCUGCUAAUUAUAAAAUAAAGUUUGUAGCAAUAUGUUAAUAAAUAAGUGUUUUCAAGUCACCACAACUUCUGCUAAUUUAUCAUCUUUUAUAAACUUAAAAUGGUUCACUAUACAAACCAGAAAUUUCGUCACUACGGUGAAAGAUGUUUUAAAAAUGCCUGAUUGCGAAUACGUACCUUUUACCAACAAGAUUACAAAUUAUAGAGAAAUUAAAAAGGCAUACGAAUCGAUUAUAUCUCCUUCUUUGAAGCAAUUUUACAAAGAACCAUUAUUAAUACACGAAGGUCGAGGGCAAUGGUUGUGGGACCAUCGUGGAAAACGAUAUUUGGAUAUGUUCGGCGGGGUUGCUACUGUGUCUGUUGGUCAUUCUCAUCCAAAAAUAACAGCUGCUAUAUCUGAACAAGCGUCUAAAUUGAACCACGUAUCUUCCGUUUAUAUGCAUACCCAUUUAUAUGAAUAUGUAACCAAGUUAACAACUAAAUUUUCAAACAAAUUGAGAGUAGUAUAUCUAACAAAUAGCGGAUCGGAAGCAAAUGAAUUGGCGUUCUUAAUGGCUAGGAUCUACACGCGCAACCAGAAUAUCGUAUCGCUAAAAAAUGGAUAUCAUGGUGCAACUUAUGGAACCUCAGCAUCUACAGCCAUGAGUACAUGGAAAUUUCCAUUUGUUGCACAACCACCUGGCUAUUUACAUGCGGUAUAUCCAGAUGUAUACAAAGGUAAUUGGGGUGGAUCAAAAUGUAGAGAUUCGCCUGUACAAGUGAUAGGAAGGGAAUGCGAUUGCGGAGAUGAAGAAUGUGUAGCUUCUGAAAAAUAUUUUCAGAAAUUCGAUGAAUCAUUUCGUUUUAGUUUGGCAAGUACGCACAGUGUCGCAGCGUUUGUAGCUGAAAGUAUACAGGGAAUAGGAGGUGCAGUUCAGUAUCCCAAAUAUUUCCUUCAGAAAAUAUAUAAUUAUAUCCAUGAAAAGGGUGGUCUUUGUAUAGCAGAUGAAGUUCAGACUGGUUUCGGUAGGACGGGUGAAUAUUUUUGGGGUUUCGAGAACCACGAUGUGGAACCGGAUAUAGUAACUUUAGCAAAGGGAAUAGGAAACGGAUUUCCUCUUGGAGCUGUAGUGACAAGUAGUGAGAUUUCCGAAAGUUUGAAUUCAGCAUUGCACUUUAACACGUUCGGAGGAAAUCCACUUGCGUGCAUCGUAGGAUCAACGGUAUUAGAUAUUAUAAAAGAAGAAGAUCUUCAACAAAAUGCAUAUACAGUCGGGACAUAUUUGAUCGAUCGCUUGAGUACUUUGUUAUUAGAAUUUCCCAAUAUCGUUGGUGAUGUUAGAGGAAAGGGAUUAAUGAUUGGAAUUGAAUUAAUUUCGAACUCCGAAACGAAAAAGCCGUUACAAACGGAAUACGUGCUCGAGAUUUUCGAGAAUAUCAAAAAUAUGGGUGUUCUUGUUGGUAAAGGAGGGUUAUAUGCAAAUGUAAGGUGCUGCGAAUAAAGCCACCUUUAUGUGUAACGAAAAUGGAUGCAGAUUUUACUUUCGCAGUUAUUAAGAGAACAUUAGAAAUACACCAAGAAAAAUAUAAGCAGAUUAAAGGAUAAACGAAUGUAAUACGUGAAUUCAGGUCCUUUUAUUUGAUAUAAUUAUGUAUGUUACAUUUGUACAACAUAUGUAGUUCUUUCAUUUUAUUCAUGCAAAUUGAUUGUGUUUAAGUUUAUUCUGUACAUGGUCAUUUAUGAUAAGCAUGAACAGUGAAAAUUAAUAAUUAUAUACAAAUAUUUGUUUCCUUCAUUUGUCCUUUAAUAAAGUACACUCGGGUACUUGUCUAACGCGUUCGAGUAUCUACCUAUCGUGAACAUUCGCAAACGCUGUGCAGCUGAUAAAUAUCUAAAUUAAAACUAUAGUAUGUAUUAAAAGCAGAUGUUUAAAUUCACUUUGAAAAGAAUCGUAAUGUUCAUCCGUAUAUAUAAUAAAAGGACGACAGAAAUUGUAAUCAACAUUUUUAUCUGCAGCUUCAAUUAUUAAACAGUCAGUCUUCGAAAAAUAAAAUGCGCAUCAAAUUUGCUUGAUAAUUCGUCAUAUAGCAUUUAAAUGUUAUUUGAAUGUUCCCUGUUAUUUUCAUGAAAAAUGCAGUUUUCUAUAUAUUACAUGUAAAUUACGAAAGUUAAAUACUUCAAAUCACAUACGUAAAGUACGUAAAGCAACUUGUACGAAUUAAAUAAGUUAUUGCUUUUGAUCUUAAUACUUCAAAAUCUCCAUGUUUCAUAUACUUGUUUGAUUGUACAUUUUUCUUCUAUAAUCUUUUCUUUCUAAUCAGUUUUUCAAUAUGUUCUUUCAUGUAAAAUUCAAAUUAAUACAUGUUUUGGAAGACUUUUUAUAUUACGUAAAAAUAUUACCCAAAGUAAAUGCAAAGCUGCCAACAUUACAUAAAAAUUAUUGUAUAUCAACAAAUGUAAAUGCACUCAAAUUUUCUAAAUAUGUGAAGACAACAAUACAUGGGGAUUUCAAAUAUGUAAAAAAUAAGAUUUGGCACAAAAUCUGUUUGUUUGAGAGAAAAAAAAUAAAUAAAUAGAAAAAUGUAA